AUGGCAGGCCGUCUGUCUGGAUGGCUUCACGGCUUCGUCCAUGAUGGCCCUCCCACACUGCCAAAGAAGCGCAGAUACGCUCUCACCCCGACGUCCUCGGCCACCGAUCUCUCGCUCCCACCAAAGCAGCACGCCACGGCCAAUAGCCCCCUCUUCCAAAAGCUGCCCGCCGAGAUUCGCAUCCAGAUCCUGACAGCCGCCUUUGGUCAGCGUACACUGCACAUGGACUUGCUGCUCAGCCACCCGCCUUGUCGAAGUCGGCCCAACGCCCGUGACCGCGCCGUCCUCGGCCACGCCGGCCUUUUCAUCGAGCCCAGCAGGGCCGGCGACGGCAAGUUCUACCCCGUGCUCGACACGACCUCACGCCAGGCCUGGCUGUGGUACGGCUCUGUAUGUCACCGCAACCCGCCGGGGACAGACUUCAACGGCCACGAAGUCCAGCCUUGCCAGGACCAAUGCCGCAGCGGCAUCACGCCUGACGAUACAUGCGGAAUGUGGCCCGGUGUCGGUCCAGAAAAGUGCCAAAUCGGCGCUAUGGGAUGGCUGCGGUCCUGUCGGCAAGCCUAUCUGGAGGGCAUCGAUAUCCUCUACAGCACAAACACGAUACAUACCGCCAGCAAGGCCGUGAUGCUCGACUCCAAUCGACUCCUGCUGCCGCAGCGCGUGGCGGCCAUUACCUCGCUCGAGGUGCUGUGGGAUUUCGGGUCGCACCCACCGUGGGCCGACAGUUUUCCUAGCAAGACCAGAGAGCUCAUGGAAACGUUUGAAGACAUGCUGCGGGCGGUGCUGUCGUCUUUUCGUGGGCUCAAGACGCUAUACAUCUCGGUGCAGUGGACCGGACGCGAUUCCUUUGUCGCGUUUCCGCGGCAGCUGGGCGGCGGCGGGCCAGACGACCCUGCAGAGGGCAUGCUGAUGCGGCGCGUCGACGCCAUGGUGCGGCAGCUGCCGGCGCGUGUGACGGACUUUGCCCUUGCCAUUCCUAGCUCCAUCUACGCGCAACAGUGCCAAGCCGCGCGUGAAACAACAGGCAGGACGGUGGAGCAUGUCUCAGACGGCGCCCUGCAUGAGCGCUUCUGGCGGCCGGUGGACAAGAGCGUCGCGCACGCGGGAUACUGGGUGCGGCUGGGCCAAAAGGACAUGAGGAUGAGCGAGCACAGCAGGAUGGCGGACAGCCUACUGCCUCAUGAGUGGAUUCUGUACGCACAAUAA